CAACAGCUUGCCGCCUUACACCGCGUACAUACCACUUUCGCUUUUACUCCUCAACUCUACUUUACCAAUCUGCAUUCUCAACGCACCGAUAGUUCUUAAUUGAACUUAUCUUCUCUCAAUGCAAGAGGCGGAAGAGCAAGAUACCUGCCGUAUAUGCAGCGCUCCCGCUGAACCUGAUCAACCGCUUUUCCAUCCUUGCAAAUGCUCGGGAACUAUACGGUAUAUUCACCAGGACUGCCUUACAACAUGGCUGUCCCAUAGCAAGAAAAAGACUUGCGAUGUCUGCAAGCACGCCUACUCUUUUACGAAAGUGUACGCAGCGGACAUGCCGCCAAGGUUGCCGCCAGCUCUUCUUCUACGACGAUUAGCACAGCAAGCCCUGUUUGUAUUAUUAUUUGCUGUGAGAGCGGUUGUGGUUGCUCUGGUAUGGCUCGCUGUACUCCCAUGGGCAACAGUCUGGACUUGGAGGAUCUGCUUCACUAUCGGAGAGCUCACUGCUUGGUACAUCAGUGACAGAGAACCCCCGCCUGAGAGUGGUGCAACUAUUAAUCCCUUCUACUACAAUAUUCAACCUGAUGCAAGCAGACCGCCAUCCCAGACUCUGCUUGGAGAAAUAUCAACUCAUCCAGUCUGGUUGGCUCUUUCCGCAGAUAUAUUUACCGGCCAGAUAAUUGCUUCGAUGAUCGUUGUGACAUUCGUGGCUAUAUUCCUGUUGCGAGAGUGGAUAUCCCAAAAUGCAAGGCCUGGUGUGUUCGACGAGGAAGAGUUACCUGUGCCAGAGGAAAGACCACCAGAGGAACUACCAGCUAACCUGCCGCAACCACCCCAGCCCCCUAUUGUUCCUUUGAUAGAGCAACAGCGUAAUCGAUUGGCUCUUGCGCAGCGGCAAGCCGAUGCGGUAAGGGCUUACGAGGCGAUGCGGGCUAUGCAAGGCGCAAAUGGUCACGUUGUAGGAGAGGGAAGAAAUCACGGAAGAACGCCUUUGGAACUUUCUCCACGCCGGGAGAGACCACAAGAUGAUGAAGGGGCCGAAUCUUCUGGUGAAACGAGGAGGCGACGGAACAUGGAAGACGAAGAGAAAAACCGCGAACGUGAACAUGCAAAGCGACGAAAACAGCACCGUGCUUUUUCUCGACGGCUACAAACAGCUCGUUUGUCUCGAAGGGAGGCGGAGCAAAAUAGCGAGGAUGAUACACUCGCGUAUUCCCCAGAAUCUUCAAAUGACCCUCUGUGGCUGCCAGAAUUCACGUUCACCGCUUCUCCUGGUUCCAGUCAGCGGCCACGUCCUUCGCGGCCGGGUACUUCAUCUUCGUCAACAUCCUCUCCUUUCCCUCCGGUCGUCCUGCAGCCUCCGGCGGAGCCCAUACCAUUCUCACUUAAUUUGCCAUCCUCCCCCGGAACUUCGGACGCACCUUCAACUUCAUUCCGACGACCCCCUUUACCUAACACGGUUCUGCCGAGCUCUGGUCCAUCUUCUCCGCCGCAUUCGUCGCCUCUUGCGUCCCCGGGUCUGGCCACCUAUCGGGCUCCCGAAGAUUUUAGUGUCGACGAAGAUCCACCUCCAGGAUACUUUGAUGGUUCGGAGCAGGAUCGCGCUUUUCAAGCUGAGGCAAGGGCUGAGAUGGCGAGGUACUUCGCUAGCGAAGAGCGCGUACCGCAACAAGUUGAAGAGCCCGAUGAAGAAGAGGAAGAGGAGGAAGAAGUUGAGGGGGAUGAAUACGGCGUCGAGGAUGAAGAUCAAGACGUCCCUGACGAUGGGCAGGUGCUCGAGGUUGUUGCCCCUGCUGCGCCGGUUCUCGAUGCCGCUAAUCAACCACCGGAUAUCCCGCAAGACGCUGCGAUGGCAGCUGGACUCGGUGAUGAUUUAGAAGGAAACGCCGAUGACGAUAUGGAAGGAGCUUUGGAAGCCAUUGGCAUGAGAGGUCCUUUCCACACUGUCCUCCAAAAUGCCACUCUUAUGAUGUUUGUUCUUGAUGCCGCAAUCGUUGUGGGUAUUUUAACCCCCUUUACGGUUGGGAAAUCUACUUUGUUGUUAUCGUUAGAUCCCCGUCGUUUCCUUCAAAUACUCCACCUUCCUAUUCGUGCUAUUCGACUGUUGACUGACCCUGUUGUCGACACAGUUGUCUAUGUCAUCACCGAAAUUAUCUUCCCACAGUACCUGAUCGUCGGACGCGGGUUAUCUGAUUUGGUUUUGCUUGGCAUUCUGCUUUUUGCCAAGGCAAUUUUCGGUCGCGACAAAGUCGACCAGACGAGCAAGGCUGCUGUAGCAUUUUAUCAUCGUGCUGUCAAUGCCUCUGACAUGAUUGUCCCCUGGAUAUCUACAUCCUCCAACACAUCCUCUCCGGAGUCAACGUCUACAUUACCUGCUCUUGAGCAGUUGAAGGCUGCUGCGAUAGAACAGUUUGAGCCUUCCUUUGCUGCCCUCGGUAAAGAAGUUAGACUUUCGGCUGUCCGGUUCUGCGAUUGGUGGACAGAUAUCGCUCUUGGUCACGGCUCAACUGAAAGGGCCUCCGCUAUCAUCUUGGGGUAUGCAGUAGUCGCUCUGAUUGUUGCUGUCUACGUUCAUCUACUUGCUAUGGGAAACAAAGAAGCAGGUCGGUCCGUAAAAAGUGCUUUCAGACAACAUCUCCUUGUCGUCAAGGUUGCGGCUUUCAUAUUCAUCGAAUUGGCGCUUUUCCCGCUCGGGUGUGGUGCCGUUCUUGACCUCUGUGCUAUCUGGUUCUUUUCUGGAUCAAACCUCGCCAGUCGCACUUUGUUCCUCUAUCAAGCUCCGAUGACUGCCAUGUUCUAUCACUGGGUCGCCGGGACGAUGUUCAUGUAUUCCUUUGCUGUUUUGCUGUCCGGAUGCAGAAGUGUUAUGCGAUCCGGCGCGAUGUGGUUCGUUAAAGAUCCCCAGGACCAAAACUCACAUCCGAUACGGGAUAUUCUUGACCGAUCAACAAUCACACAACUGCGGAAGAUUUUCGUCAGUGCAAUCAUGUAUUCUGUUGUGGUUCUUUGUACCGUGGCUAGUGCUUCUGCACUGUUUGCCAUUGGUAGUAAAACCAUUUUACCUUUCCGGUGGAAGAAUAGACAACCGUUAUCCAAGGUACCCAUCGACCUAUUGUUCCUUCACUUGGUCUUGCCGUAUACUAUGCACUACUUCCGUCCCCGAAAAGGUAUCAAGAAGCUGGUGACUGUGGUUUGGCAGUUCCUGGCGCGCCAACUCCGUUUGACUUCUUACUUUUUCGGUGGUCGAUAUCCCCUUGAAGAAGUGACACCUGCCAAAUGGUCACUGAAAUCAUUGUUUUCCUCGCAAUCGUUGUUCGUCGACCCCGCGGCCAAGGCUGAUGGCUCGUUUCGCCGAGUCCCGGCCACCGAUAGCAUUGCCCUUCCAAAAGAUGUUGGUGCUACUGCUGCUGUUGAUGAGCGUGGCAAUCCCAUCGAUGAACGGGCAGAGAGAUUGAUCGUGAUACAAAACUCGGAAGCUUUGAAGGCCAAGCACCAGAUCAGAGAUGAUUAUAUGGUGGUGUAUAUUCCCCCCAAUUUCCGUAGACGGAUCUUUGCAUUUGUUGCGGUGCUAUGGGUCAUAGGGGCCUUAUCACUUGGAGUCCUGGUUGCCCUUCCAAUAGCGCUUGGGCGGCGCUUCUUCAGGCUUUUUGUUGCGGAGGAUGUUCAUGAUGGUUAUUCUCUUAUCAUUGGGUUCUAUUUGCUCUGGGGCUGUUACCUUGUUGGAAAGGCGAUCGACCGCUUGGAUAAACGUCGCCAACGAAGAGGCGGUGAUGGUCCUCGUGCCGAUUUGUGGAUGCUGGUUAUCAAACGCGGAUUGCUUUGGUCUGCGAAGAUAUCCUACAUGACAUUGUUCCUAGGCAUAGUGAUUCCUACCCUCGUUGCGCUUGCCGUCGACCUAUACGUGAUUCUACCUAUUCGCUUAGGUCUCGAUCCUUCUCUUUCGCCCACAAUUCGAAUUGUGGAUGAAUGGGCGCUCGGGCUGCUUUAUGUUAAGAUUGGGCUGUAUGUGCAUAGGAUGCAACCUCGAGGUCGCAUAGCCAGGGGAAUUGAUCUUAUUUCACAUAACGGUUGGACCCAUCCAGAUCCUGUCAGUGCGACAAAGGAAGUCAUCGUCCCCGUCACUGUAGGCCUUCUUGGCAUGAUUGUCUUGCCUGGACUGUUGUUUACAAUACUGCGCCACUUCUUGCCUUUCCUUCCGGUGAACGACAAAUUCAUUUUCAUCCACAUCUAUCCCGCGAUCUUCAUUGUUGCGGCCUCUUCCAGGUCGGCGUUGCUCUCUAUGGAUCUGUUAUCGUCUUGGUCCCAAAGUAUACGAGAUAAAGAGUUUUUGGUAGAGAUGCGUUUGCGGAAUCAUGAUCAAGAUGCGGUAGAGGAAGAGCCAGUAAACGUUAAUCAUUCCACGGAGUCGGAAUGAGUAGUAGUAACUUUUCACCUUUUGAUCUACAGUAGCAUUGUAUACAAAGCCCAUCACUCUACUUUUCGUGUACUUAUUACAUAGAACAGCAUGAUAAUUCUUCUUGACCUUCCUAAGUUCGAUAGACGCGUGAUGUCAUUGCUUUCUUCACGUGGUAUUUUCGGC